AAUAAAAAAAACCUUAGCAAUUAGCAUUCCAACAAACCAUGGGGCAGCAGAAUACCUUGUUUGAUGACAUCAUGCAGGGAAGGUGGGAAAGAGUGGUGACUGCAUAUGCAAAUCUUGAAACCCAGAAGUCCAAGAUCACCACGUCAGAAGACACAGCACUGCACAUUGCCGUUUUGAAUGGCCAGACUGAGGUCAUGAGGCAACUCGUGAAGCAGAUACAAAGCAAGUACGCUGCAGAAGUUCUGGGAUUGCAGAACGCGGCGGGGUCCACGGCUAUCCACUUGGCAGCAGCAGUUGGCGAUGCUGACAUGUGCAAGUGCUUGGCUUCCAAGGCCUCUGCAGAGCUCAUCGGGAUCAGCAACAGAGACGGCGAGACCCCUCUUUUCAUGGCAGCCAUUUCUGGGAAGACACAGAAUUUCUUCAUUCUCCUGGAUAGUCUUGACAAGGAGGAAGCGGACGAGAUUUGUCACUGGAGGUCUUGUAGAGGUGACACCAUUCUUCAUGCUGCCAUCUCCGGUGAACACUUUGAGUUGGCAUAUCAUAUUAUAGAGCAGUGGCCAGACCUUGUGAACAAAAUAAGGGAGGAUGGAGCUUCUCCUCUGCAUAUUCUAGCUGGAAAGCCCAAUGCAUUCAGAAGCAAUUCUCACUUUGGCCUGUUUGAUCGUAUCAUCUACUCCUGUGCAAUAGUUGAUGACCUAGACCAAACAAGAAGUUCAUCGGGACUCGAAAAAUCGGAAAGGAGUCAUAAUUAUCCAGAAAGCUAUGAAACAUGCAUGACCUUCUUCCAUCUGAUGAAGAAACUAUUAAUCUUUUGUUCUUUUCGUCAAAGUCAAGACUGCGUGAGUGAGGAAAGCAGUGAUGAUCCUGAAAGCUUCAGCAAAGGAAGUAUUCCAGGUGCGGAGUCAAUAAGAACGGGGAAGCUCAAAGAAAUUUUCCCACCAAAUUAUGCAACAAGUAUUGAUAUUUUCAAGCUCAUAUUGAAGGCACUGCUAAUCAUUCUGGGACUCGGAUAUUCCAGGGUAGCUAAGAUAACAAGGAUGAAAGUGGCGCACACAUGGGCGAAUGUUGUAUUGAAAGCAUUGGUUGACAAAACUUCCACAUAUAGGUAUGAAGACAGUGGCCGGAAACCUAUCGAUGGAGACAUAGAUUUGGGGCAAAUCGCUGAAUUGCAGACCGAUGAUCAGAUAUCUCAGAGCUCUGUGAACAACACUAAUGUGCCUGAAACUGGCGACAAAAAGGAGAAAUCCAUUAUAGUUGCAGCACACCUGGGAAUAACUGACUUAGUGGAACAUUUUAUGAAGGCCUGGCCAGCCACAAUUCGAGAACUAGACACAGAGAAUAAAUAUCUUGUCCUUGUGUCGCACGAGAAAGAAAAUCGAACUCAUUUUGGUUCAAUGAGCAAGGAAACCCCAAUAUUGAUAGCGGCAAAGAUGGGAGUUAAAGAAGUGGUGCAGAAAAUAAUGGAAACAUUUCCUAUAGCUAUUCAUGACCUGGACUCUGAUAAUAAGAAUGUUGUACUCUUGGCAGUGGAGAACAAACAUGUCCAAGUCUUUAAAAUGCUUAAGGAGAAGACCUUGGCUCGUUCCAGGAGCUGGCCUGCAAAUGCAGUGGGAACUCAAGUGGUACAAGUUCGUUAUGCAGUCAAUGCCACCCAACUUCUUUCCUCAAUACAACAAGAGAGAAAGCAGAUCUUAUUGAAGACCCACAAACAACUUGCAAAAACUGGCAGCGAAUGGCUCUCCAAAACUAGCGAGUCAUGCUCAGUUGUUGCUGCACUUGUGGCAACAGUUGCAUUUGCAGGAUCAUCGACCGUCCCUGGAGGCAACAAAGAAGACACCGGUAUCCCUGUUCUUGAACGGGAGCCUGCAUUCAAUGUCUUUGCCAUCGCAUCCUUGCUUGCACUCUGCUUAUCCGUAACAUCCCUAGUAACUUUUCUUACUAUCCUCACUUCUCGAUUUGAUCACAAAGACUUUGCCAAGACACUGCCUCGGAAGCUUAUUUGGGGGCUAACGUCUCUCUUCCUUUCCAUAGCUUCCAUGCUGGUUUCCUUCUGUGCAGCACAUUUCUUUGUUCUAAACGAAAGCCUGAGAAUGUUUUCAUAUCCAGCGUAUGCUGCAUCUUGCUUGCCAGUGACCAUUUUCCUUCUUUCAACAUUCUCCCUCUACUAUGAUCUCGUAUGGGCGAUAUACUUGGAGGAGCCACAACACAGCUUUACGGAGUUUCAUGCUUAGUUUUGUUUGUGCUAACAAAGUGUUUUUGAAUUGUCAUGAGCUUCAAUCUCAGUUUCCAUCUUGGAGUUGAACCAGAACUUGUAACGGACUCUAACAUGUAAUCUCAAUGUAGUUUCAUGCUUUACAAACUAGUAUCACCACGGCAAGCAUAUGAGACGUCCAUAUGUAGCAGAUUUCUUGAUUUCCAAAGCCUGUAACAUUUUGGAUUGUUAUUUGUAAAAAGCACAUUUCAGUAUGUUCGGAAUAGAGCAGAAAUAACUCUCAUACAAGUAUCACCCACUACAUCAGUUUAAGAAGCUAAACUCUUUUAUGGCGCGCCAACCACAUAUUUUGGCAAUUGGAUCAGUUGCACUGGAGCAGAAGGGCAGCAAAGAGGACUAGGGAUAAUCUAUAGGGCAUAACCCCUAGCAACAUACACUAACCUUCUAGCAAUAUCGAGUCUGUCCAGGAUCAGAAAACAUAUAUAUUUCGGUAACUUAGAGAUGGAUAGCAGAAGGGCGACUAGAGAGCAUCAGUGAUCAUUCCCCUAGUAAAUGGCCAACUAGAAC